AGGUAAAUCUGUAACCUAACGGAAAGAUGCGAUCAUGGCGGGCUCCAUUCCAUGCCGUUGAAUGUUUUCGAUCGAUUGCUUGAUAGCUUUAUUCCAAUAGCUGGAUCAGAAAAUGUCGCUGAGCUGUGAGGAACUGCCGGAGGAAAUCUGGGAGCUAAUUUUGAAUGGAUUGGGCGAUGAUCAUCACUCGGAGUUCGAAUCGCUUUCACUCGUAAGCAAACGGUUGCUGUCGUUAACUGAUCGUCUUCGCCUUCGUUUCACCGUCGUUGAUCAGGCGUAUCUCAUUCACGGUACCAUCUCUCGAUUCCUUUACCGAUUUAAACACCUCAAAACCCUAGAUCUUAGUAGAUUGAAACACGGUAAUCUCGAAACUGCUCUUCAUGAGAUUGCUCGUUCUUCUGUGGCUCUGAAUUUGGAAGCCCUUGAUAUUUCUAAUCACGAAUCAGUUCCGAUUGAAAGUUUGAAGGAGUUGGGAUUCAGUAAUCGAAAACUUAAGGUGUUAAAGUGCGCAAAUGUAACUAAAUUGCGCGAUGACGAUUUGAUAGCUAUAUCGAAAUUCCAUCCAGAUCUGGAAGAGUUGGAUGUCAGUUAUCCUCGUCAUAAAUUUACAAUUCCUGAGUUUCGUAGCUGUAAUAUUAGUGAACUGAUGAUCACUGAUGCUGGGAUUGAAGUUUUGUCAUCUGGUCUUAAGAAUCUGAUCAAAAUUAACAUCUCCAUGAACCAUCUUCUUACAGACAAUUCCGUGUUUUAUCUAUCUUCGAAUUGCUUGCGUUUGCAAGAGAUAGCAUUGAUAGACUGCACGUUGAUCACUAUGAAAGGUGUUAGCUUUAUGUUGCACAAUAGCCUUAAUCUAAGAACGAUCUCCAUGUGUUUCAUUUCCAAUUUUCAUGGAACUUCCUCGCUUUUUAUGAACCCUGUUACUUCCGGCAGAAGUUUAAGUAGCCUCCAUUUCAAAGACUCUGAUAUUACUGAUGCAUUCCUCAACUCAAUUGCAAAAGCCCACAUCCCAUUGAAGAGUAUCUCUCUUUCUUCUUGCAAGGGUUACACCAUUGAUGGAAUUUCGAGCCUCCUAUAUGCCUAUCAGUCCCUUGAGUUCUUAGACAUCACUAGAAACAAUUCCCUCUGUGACAAGUCCAUUAUGGCCUUAUCUCAAUAUCUCCAUGAUCUUGUUUCGGUAAAGCUCAACUUUUGUCGUAAGCUAACAAGUACAACCAUGUUCACUCUCAUCAACAGCUGUUCCUUUCUUGAGCACAUUGAGAUGAAACAUACAGAUCUGGGUAAGGAAGAAGAUGCAAUUAUGGAUUUUGUGAAGCACCCAAACUCAAGUAUCAAAUCCUUGAAUUUGGCAGGGAAUGCAUAUCUGGGUGAUGAAUGCCUUGUGAAAAUUACUUCACUUUGCCCCAACUUAAGUCUGCUUGAUGUGAGCUCAUGUUCCGGUAUUACAGGAGCCCUAGGUGAGAUCUUAAGGCGUUGUCCUGAGAUUAGGCAUUUGAGCAUUCAAGAUUGCGGAGGGGUUAAGAAUAUAGGAUUAAAUAAAGAACCUUUGAAGUUGAAGAAGCUGUAUAUGGCUAGAUCAGGGGUGAACGAUGAAGGGUUGUUGGAAAUUGGGGUUAGAUGUAAUGAGCUUGUGAGGAUAGAUCUAUCAGGUUGUCUUCAUGUGACAACAAGUGCAGUGAAGUACUUAGUGAGAAAAUGUGAGAAGUUGAAGGAAGUUGAUUUGAUGGGAUGUGUUAAUCUGCAUGUAUUUAUCGUCGAUUCGAUGGUGUAUGCAAGGCCAUCAUUGAGGAAACUAGUCCCACCCUCUUAUGGUGUUACCAGCGAAAGCCAACGCCAGCUUCUGUUGCGCCAUGGAUGCCACGUUUGCGAUAAGUGAGAAUAAGCGAGGUAAUGUACAUUUCGAUGUUUGGAUACAAAUUUUCUUCCUUCAAUGUGAAUUAUCAUCUCCUUCUGCUUCAUUUUGACUUGUUUUGUAAUUAGAAUAACAUCUGGAUUGUGAUACCACUAUAUGCAAAUUAUUGUUUCCUCUAAAAUG